AUGAAUGAACUCGGGUACGUGGGAGAGGUUGUACACAUGGGGGCUGCUUUCAUGUGGCGGACGGCGGCGGCCGCGGGGGAGGGCGGUCGGUCGGUCGUCCUGCCUCUUGCUGCCCGUUUUGGUGACAGCUGCUCUCCCGCUUUCCCGCAGCCCUCCAGACUGAGGAAGACCCGGAAGCUGAGAGGACACGUUAGCCACGGCCACGGCCGCGUUGGCAAACACAGGAAACAUCCUGGAGGGCGUGGUAAUGCUGGUGGUAUGCACCAUCACAGGAUUAACUUUGAUAAAUAUCACCCUGGUUACUUUGGAAAAGUAGGCAUGAGACACUAUCACUUGAAGAGAAACCAAAAGUUCUGUCCUACUGUCAAUUUGGAUAAACUAUGGACACUUGUCAGUGAACAGACAAGGCUCAAUUAUGCAAAAAAUGAGGCUGGACUGGCCCCGGUCAUUGAUGUUGUGCGCUCGGGCUACUACAAAGUCCUGGGCAAGGGGAAGCUGCCCAAGCAGCCUGUAAUUGUGAAAGCAAAGUUCUUCAGUAGAAGAGCAGAGGAGAAGAUCAAAGAAGUUGGUGGUGCCUGUGUGCUUGUGGCAUAAAAGCCUUUGGUUUAUUCAAAUUUUUUGAAUAAAGACAAUGUGUAAAAUGUGCUAAUUUACAGAA